AUGAUGGCUUCCCCUCCGAUCAAGAGCCCGUACCACAAGAAGGCUAGGGUCACUGCGGAUCCGAGUGACACACUCGAGGAGACCCAGCUGGAGGAGCCCGUGGCCAACCAGGACAUCUCUGCAGAGCCUAAGGAAUCCCAAGGCAAUGGAGCCCAGGAAGGUCCCAAGCUCUCCCCUGUUCCUUCCUCGAAGACUGAUGAUGCCCCGAACAAGAAGCCGCAGGAUGAGGACAAGUUGGCAGAGCCAGCUAAGGCAAACGAAGCACCGAACAAGAAGCCCCGGAAUGAGGACAUGUCGACAGAGUCUAAGGAAUCCCGAGGCAAUGGCCAGGAAGGUACAAAGCUCUCCCCUGUUCCCCAUGGUCCCAAGCAGAACGAUGACACUGUCGGCCUGUGCCGUGGUGACUCACUGGUGUCCGAGUUUCAGAAUGCUAUGGCAGUGGGUCAGGCCAAAGACCCUGUGCUAGACAUGGCACACACUCUCCAAGCAUCCGGCGCCCUAGAGAUGGCUGUCCCCGAAGGCGAUACCUGUCUUGACAUGCAGAAGAGCCCGGGCAAGCUGUGUGAUUGGGUUUAUCGGAACGGUGAGGCUGAUACUUCGUCGAGGGCCUUCGAAGUUCUGAAGUGGACUCGCUUGGUUGUUGCGAAGUACAACGGGGCUUUUGAGGCUCAGGAUUCUGGACAUGGGGGAUUAGCCAGAACCCUUCAUGACACGUCUCUUUGCAUGCUGAGCUUGCAGAAUGAGUACGAGGCAGCCAAGACUCAAUUCCUGAGGUACAGCCAGGUCAUCCUAACAGUGGGUGCAAACAAAAAAAAGCGGGAGCAGGACAAGAAUCUAGCUCAGGAGGUCUUGACAAGCAAGUUCGAACAGAUCGACAACUGGGUUUCUCAGAAGCUUGAUGAGAAGGACCUCUCCCGGCAGGAGGUAUGCAAGAAGCUGGAUGAGCACAUUGCCACCUUCUCUGAGGUACUAGUGAAACUUCUUGAGAAUACGGAGGCCGAACACAGGAGUGCUACCGCUAGCCUGACCGAAGAUGAUGAGGCUGCUUUGUGUAUGGAGUUGGAAAACCAACUCAACAUGCAGUUGGAAGCAGACGAUGCACCUGCAGCAUCCGAUGCUGCCAGCACAUCUGCGCUUGCCUCGCCGGUGCUUGUGCUGCAUGUUCCAGGCACGGCUCAUCGGCCCACACCAGUCCCUGGAUCCUGGCAGCAGCAGGGCAUGCGGGCUGCAAUGCAUCGACUGGAUACGUCGGAGCUUGCUGCCCAGCCCCCGAAGAUGAACGAGCCCAUGAAGAGCGAACCCGAGAAAGAGGCUGCAGUGGCCCCGACCCCUGAUGAGCAGAUCGUGAAGCCUGCUGCUCAGACGCAGACCAAGAUGAAGGCCGAGCCUCGUGAGUUUGCAUCGGAGGAGGAGCGCCAGGAGUGGGAGGCUAAGGAGGCCAAAAGGCUCAAGCACAAUGCCCGUGUUCGCUUCGACAGUCCUGACUGUCCGCAGAUUGUCCUGGACAAGCUGGAGGAGAUUCAAGGGCAGCCCAAUCGUCUCAAGACCCUGGGCGUGUGGUUUCAGCAGUGGCUCGAUGCUGGUGAAGACUGGGCCAACACCCAGUUAGUAAUCGAGGCAACGCGAGUGAAUGAGGAGAAGUUCAAAGCCAAAGAGAUUAUGCGUAGCUACAAGUCGCUACUCGACCAGUAUGGCAAGAAGACUGCGGAUAACAUUCGAGCCCGGAAAUAUGAGAAGGAGAAAAAUCGUGACCCGAAGACAGAUCCGAAACCUUAUUAUAUGCCGCAUCCGGACGGCAUCGACGACCCGGCCCGUCUUGAUGCCGAACCACGCAAGUGCUGCUACGGGCGCUGGGGCUUCGGACCUUAUGCGAUCGCUGUACAGCGGCAGGUCGCAGUCCAUGGAGUGAACCACUUUGGUGUGGCAAAGAAACUCAAUGUGAAGAUACAGGCGAUGGCUGGGAAGCUCACCGAUAUCAUAGUGUGGUCUACCAAAUUGUCGGAAUCGUCACAAAAGGCGAAGGACAACUACCAGGAGGAGCUCGACUCCCACAGGAAUGAGUUCAGUCGCAUCAAAGGUGAACUCGAAGGUUUGUACAGUGUACACAACAACACAAAGGAUGCAGACAUGGCCGAAGCUAGCAAAAGCGAGAUUCAGAGCUUGCUAGAUCGUGCAGAUGCAGCCACGACGACAUUCACCGGGGCCAUGAAGCCUCUGAAGCUUACCCUGGAGCCUUUGAGGCACAUAUAG